GACAAUAGAAAAGCAAAAAUAUGUUGAAAAUUCGUAGUGGCAUUGCCAUAGCUCACAUGCAAAACGCGGUCGUACCGCUCUGUGGCCAACGGCGUCGGCAGACCACAGCUGCUGCAGCUCUACCACGAGACGAUGCAGAAUGGCAGCAGGCGCGUCCCUUCAAACAAGUUCCUCGGCCCAAUAUGAUGUCUCUGAUACCCAAUAUGUUCAUGCCAGGUGGAAAAUAUAAGAACAUGGACCUCGGUCAGUUGAUCAUGGCCAUGCGAGAGGAUUAUGGCAAUAUUUACUGUGUGCCUAGCGUAAUGGGAGCACCGCCUAUCUUAACUACACACAAUCCCAAGGAUUUCGAGGUUGUCUUCCGGAACGAGGGCACGUGGCCAAAUCGACCUGUUUUAGAAACUGUGUUGUACCACCGUCAGACGCAUAGAAAGGAUUACUUCCAGGGUGUCGAGGGUGUCGCGCCUACCCAAGGAAAGGCAUGGGGCGACUUUCGAUCGACUGUUAAUCCAGUCCUCAUGCAGCCGAAGAGUAUGAGGAUUCACUACAAGAAAGUGUCGCAGGUCAAUCAGGAAUUUGUGCAGCGCAUCAAAGCCAUCCGGAAUGCCAGCACUCUGGAGGUUCCUGACGACUUCAUCGACACCAUUAAUCGUUGGACUCUCGAGUCAGUCUCCGUCGUGGCACUGGACAAGCAGUUGGGACUGCUCAAGGAGUCGGGCAACGAAAUCGAGGCCUCAAAGCUCUUCCAUCUCUUUGAAGAUUUCUUUAAAGUAUCUGCGGAUCUAGAGCUGAAGCCCUCCGCCUGGCGUUACUUUAAAACACCCAAACUGAUGAAGAUGAUGAGCAUUCUCGACUCCAUUCUGGACAUAAUAUCCGUAUAUGUUAAUGAAGCAUUAGAGCGUCUGGAGAAGGAGGCUAAGCAGGGUGUUGUCCGUCCUGAGAAUGAGCAGAGUGUUCUCGAAAAGCUGCUCAAGGUCGACAAGAAGGUGGCCACGGUUAUGGCAAUGGAUAUGCUAAUGGCCGGAGUGGAUACCACCUCUAGCACUUUCACAGCCGCCUUGCUCUGCCUGGCCAAGAAUCCAGAGAAGCAGACCAAACUCCGAGAGGAGAUAAUGAAGGUUCUGCCCCAGAAAGAUUCUGAGUGCACGGAGGAGUCCAUGAAUAACGUACCAUACCUGCGUGCCUGCAUCAAGGAGUCGCAUCGGGUGUACCCUCUCAUUGUCAUGAACGCAAGAGUUCUCAAUCGGGACAGUGUGCUGAGUGGCUACCAAGUGCCAGCCGGCACCAGUAUCUCGAUGGUUCCCCUGAGCUUGCUAUCAAGCGAAGAACACUUCCCCCAGGCUGAUAAGUUCCUGCCAGAACGGUGGAUGCGUAACGCCGCAGACUCCUCCGGACAGUGCCCGGCGAAUGCUUUAAAGCUGAAGAAUCCUUUUGUAUUUCUUCCCUUCGGGUUUGGCCCCCGGAUGUGCGUGGGAAAACGCAUCGUGGACAUGGAACUAGAGCUGGGUAUAGCCCGACUAAUUCGGAACUUCAACAUCGAGUUCAAUCACCCCACGGAGAACGCCUUCCGCUCUGAUCUUAUCAGCUUUCCCAACAUACCGCUCAAGUUCAAGUUUACUGACUUACCCAACUGAAUCAUUGUUAACAUAAUGUGUAUUCGGGGUAUUUUGUGAUAAAA